CCUCGCCUCUCCUCCGCCGAGGGCGCGCUUGGGCGAGGGCGCGCGGCGCUGCGACUGGGAGGCGCCAUGGCGGCCGAGCGGAGCGACAUGGCGGAGCCGCCUCCCCCGCUCCCCUCUGAGGAGGCGGCCGAGAGCGACGCGUCGCCCCCCUCGUCGGCCGCGGGCGUGGAGGCCGAGCCGCCGCCGCCGCUGCUGGCCGGGGAAGGGGCGGAGAGCAUGUCGGAGCCCAGCCCGGAGAGCGCCAGCCAGGCCGGCGACGGCGACGACGAGGAGGAGGACGACGAGGAGGACGACGACGACGAGGCCGCCUCCUCCAGCGGCUGCUGCAGCGACGAGACCCGCUCGCUCAGCCCCGGCGGCAGCGAGGCCGGCGCCAAGGGCCCGGCCGGCGGGGGAGGCGGCGGCGGGGCCGGGCCUGGCAGCGCCGGCGGCGGGGCGGGAGCCGCGGCGGCGGACGGGGGCGGCCCGGACGGGCCCAAGAGCGGCGGCGGCAGCGCGGCCAGCAGCAGCAGCAGCGCGGGCGGCGGCGGCGACGAAGGCUACGGCACCGGCGGUGGCACCGGGGCCGGCGGAGGAGGCGUUGGAGGCGGCAGCACCUGCAGUGCCUCGUCUGGCGGCCGCAGGGGCAGCCUGGAGAUCUCCUCGGACGGGGAGCCACUCAGCCGCAUGGACUCCGAAGACAGUAUAAGCAGUACCAUAAUGGAUGCAGACAGCACAAUUUCCAGCGGUCGUUCUACUCCAGUUAUGAUGAACGGACAAGGAGUUACUGCUUCAUCUGCAAAAAGUAUCGCUUACAACUGCUGUUGGGACCAGUGCCACGCUUGCUUCAACUCCAGCCCCGAUCUGGCAGAUCACAUUCGCGCUAUACAUGUAGACGGCCAGCAAGGAGGGGUGUUCGUUUGCUUAUGGAAAGGCUGCAAAGUCUAUAACACGCCGUCAACAAGUCAGAGUUGGUUGCAGCGGCACAUGCUGACCCACAGCGGUGACAAACCCUUCAAGUGUGUCGUUGGAGGGUGCAAUGCUAGUUUUGCAUCUCAGAGUGGACUGGCUCGUCAUGUGCCAACUCACUUCAGCCAGCAGAAUUCUUCAAAAGUUACCAGUCAGCCAAAGGCAAAAGAAGAAUCUCCUUCAAAAGCUGGGAUGAACAAAAGAAGGAAGUUAAAGAACAAACGGAGGCGCUCGCUACCCAGACCACACGAUUUCUUUGAUGCACAAACUCUGGAUGCUAUACGACAUCGAGCCAUCUGCUUUAACCUCUCCGCUCACAUAGAAAGUUUAGGAAAAGGCCACAGUGUCGUAUUUCACAGUACUGUAAUAGCAAAGAGAAAAGAGGAUUCUGGAAAAAUAAAACUGCUGCUUCACUGGACGCCGGAGGACAUUCUGCCUGAUGUGUGGGUAAAUGAAAGUGAGCGACAUCAGUUAAAAACUAAAGUAGUUCAUUUAUCAAAACUACCAAAAGAUACUGCCUUGCUUCUGGACCCAAACAUAUACAGAAAGUCUAGUAAAGGAGGUACAUACAGUGGAAUCCUGAAAGAUCACUUCUGUUAAGAUCACAUACUGAACAAUGCCACAGAAGAGGUUGAAGAGGUAAAAGUCAGAUCAGCGGGGACACUUCACCUACCGUCUUGUUCUCUGAUCACGGAAUUAGAACUGAAGUUGCACAUUAGUCAGGCCCCCUCCAAUCUCUCCACACCCAGCCGCCGACUGUAGGUGAUAACCAUCCUGUGAACUACAUAGAUGCGUCUGCGGAGUAUAUUCUGUCUCUUAAGUCAGUAUACCUUCAUGGAAUGGUACGAUGGGAGAUGGGGCAAGCACUCGUCUGGCAAUAUAGUGGGCUUGAUGGCUUUGCAUGCUUGCUGCUUUUCUUUUAGUAGUUUUUCUGUUGCUCCUCUCUGGCGAAGUGGCGGGUGCUGUAUUGCCACUUACAACCCUCCCCGCAGUUCCUUUUUGUAAACAAGCUUCUUGGGAUCUUAUCAUUGGUAAAACUGAACGAAUAUACACUCGAGUCCUUCCCUCAGAAACUGGUGGAUCCAUAGUCACUUUUGUAAACUUGUGGUGUCCUAUCACAUAACCCUAAUUGGUAUUAUCAUGUUUAAGCAAAUGGUGGUGGCAUAUUUCCAUUUCUAGUGAAAUAUAUAUUUGAGAGGAUGAUGGAUGUUAAAUGUUGCUAUAUAUCUCAUCCUCUCUAUAAGACUAUUACUGUAAGUUAAUAAGACUUCAAUAACCUCUACAGAAAAAGUAGUGACUUUUUAAAAAUUACUUGGCCUUUAAAACUCCUGUUUGCUUCUGAAGAACCUCUUUCCCCUUCCCCUUUUUGGCCUAAAAAUUUCUAGAUGUAAAAAAAUGUAUUUUUUAAAAAAAAUAAAAGCAUCUAGAAAUACAAUCGUUUAUGCACCAAAGUUGGCUAUGAAAAAGAAAAAAAAUUGCUUCCUUGCUUUGCUAAGCAAGAAAUUAUGAAUUUUCUUAACCUACAGGAAUAGAAAAAUGUGUGUAUCUUGUUCGUCUUGUACGGAGACAAAAAAUGUUGCAUAUAGAUAAGAUGUGGCUUGUAAAUAAUUUUGCAGAUUUGUAAUAUAUUUUUAUAUUAUGAAAAGUAUUGUAGAUGUUUUUUCUAGAGGCAUGGAAGUUAAAAUGUAUAUAUUAUGGUAGAAAUAAUAUUGAAGGAUAUUGUAAUUCAUUAGUGCUGCCAGAAGAAUUUGUUUAAAAGCAAGCACCUUUCUUAACAAUAAAAAAAAAGUCUUUUGGAUUUCUAAGGGACUAUAUACUACUGUUGUGAGAACAAAAACACAUUUAAAACAUCCUUCCAGAGAUCGUUGAGGGAUGCACAGUAUCCAUAGGAAGUUUAUGGCACUCAUUGCUGGUAAUGGAUAUGAAAUCGGUCAUUUCCUUGCUUGUUGGAAGGAACAAAUGUAAAAAAAAUAUAUAUGGUGGCUAUAUGCAGUCAAACUGCAUGAUUAACCCUCCCUGUUUAGGAGGAAUUUUCACAUUACUACAGUGAAUAUAAAUACCAGCUGUUUUUACACUAAUUUUUUUUUAAUUAAAAUAGCAAAAAAAAAAAAUCAACUCUCUGGAGAAAUGUUUCUAAUACCAUAAACGGAGCCUAUAUUGGUGCUGGUGAGAUGCUUACUUGGCUCCCAACGGGUUUAGAACAUUGGAAUUCCUUAUUGAAGUGCACAUUAUAAGCACCACUAACAUGGAAUGGUUUCUGGAAUAGUUGUUUAAUAAAGGUAUUUCAUAAAGAACUGUAGCAAUGUAACUAUUUAAAAACACAUGCAGUUUUUAUUUUUUAUUUGCUUGAGCACUUCAGUUACUGCUUAAUCUUUAUCUUGUAUGGUCAUCUGCAAUUGCUUUGAUUUUUUUAAGAAGUUAUAAAAUUGCCAAAUAGGUGUUUUCAGAUAUAGUUUGUAUUUGUAUUUUUUUAAUUUUAUUGCUUCAUGAGUUUCUUGUAUGCCAUUCAUAAUUGACAGAUGAUUGUAGACCUUGCCUGAGUAUUUUUUCUAAUAAAAUGGAGCAAAUACAACUA